GUUUAAGACACUUAGUCUGAACAACACAAGCCUACAACAUGGUUGAGUGGACAGAGUUUGAGCGGAACACCAUCCAGGACAUCUUCUCCAAGAUGAACUACGAUGUCACUGGCCAACAAGCUCUGGCAAGAUGUCUUGUUGUGUACCCCUGGACCCAGCGGUACUUCGGUAAAUUUGGAAACCUGUACAACGCCGCUGCUAUCAUGGGAAACCCCAUGGUUGCGGCUCACGGUGCCGUUGUCCUUAACGGCCUCGACAGAGCUGUGAAGAACAUGGACGACAUCAAAGGCACCUAUGCCGAGCUAAGUGUGCUGCACUCCGAGAAGCUCCAUGUAGAUCCUGACAACUUCAAGCUUUUGGCUGACUGCUUAACCGUCGUUGUUGCUGCUCAAAUGGGAGCCUCAUUCACACCUGCAGUCCAGGCCGCUUUCCAGAAGUUCCUCGCUGUUGUGGUCUCCUCCCUGGGAAGACAGUACCACUAGAGGCUAAAUAUGCUUUGAC